AUGACCAUGAUCGUGGACAUUGUUCUUCCCAUAGUAAUGAAGAUUGGAAAACAUCUGGUAGCCCCAGUUGGCCGCCAGUUUGGUUAUUUGAUUUUCUAUGACAGAACCAUUAAGAAUCUGGAGAAGCAGGUCCAAAAGCUGGAAGAUAAAAGAUUUGGAGUACAAAAAUCAGUUGAAGAAGCAGAGGCAAAGAGAGAAACUAUUGCACCAGGUGUCGAGCGGUGGUUGAAAACAGUGAACGACCUCAACGAAGAGGCUAAGAAAUUCCUCGAGGUUGAAGUGAAAGCAAACAAAGGGUGUCUGAAUGGGUGGUGUCCAAAUUUGAAGUCACGCUAUUCCUUGAGCAGAAAAGCUACAAAGAAAACUCAAAGUGUGGAAGAGCUACGUAGAGAAGGAGUUUUCUCCACAGCGUCCUAUCCUACAGUUAAGAUCGAUUAUGAUGGAGUUAUGGAGGCACUGACAGAUGAUAGUAUCUAUGUGAUUGGGAUAUGUGGGAUUGGAGGUGUUGGUAAGACAACUAUGGUGAAUGAAGUUGCCAAGAAAGUGGAAGAAAAAAAAAUGUUCGAUGUUAUUGUGAUGGUAGUAGUGUCCCAAAACCCAAACUUGAUUACUAUUCAAGGCCAGAUAGCCAAAAUAUUGGAUUUACAAGAUUUUGGGGGAAACAAUUUACCAACUGGAGCGGGGAAGAUACGAUCAAAAAUAUUGAACUUUGGAAGAGUCCUUGUAAUAUUGGAUGAUGUAUGGAAGAGACUAGAAUUGAAUGACAUUGGAAUUCCAUUUGGAGAUAAUCACAAGGGUUGCAAAAUUGUAAUGACUUCAAGAAAUAAAGAUGUAUGCAACAGCAUGGGCACACACGAGAAUUUUGAGAUUGGCGUCUUACAUAAAGAAGGAUGGAAUCUUUUCAAGGAGAUGGCUGAGAUUUCGGACGAAGGUACAAGUCACCCAACUGGUUUGCAGUUGACACAGAUGGCAGUUGCGAAGGAAUGUGGAGGCUUGCCGAUUGCUAUUGCUACAGUCGGGAGGGCACUUAGAUGCAAAAACAAGUAUUCAUGGGAUUCUGCUCUUGAACAAUUACGAAAGUCAUUGGUCAAAAACAUUAGUGGAGUGGAUGAAAAGGUGUUUAAAUCUCUAGAGUUGAGUUAUGAUUCCCUUGAUAGUGAUGAAGCCAAGAAAUGCUUUCUGCUCUGUUCUUUAUAUCCGGAAGAUUUUGAUAUUCCAAUUGAAGAUCUCGUUAGAUAUGCGAUUGGGAUAGAGUUGUUUGAACGCAUUGAUAGUGUGCACCAAGCAAGAAACGGAGUACAUUCCUUAGUUGAUGACUUAAAAAAAUGUUAUCUAUUGAUGGAAAGUAAAAAUGAAGAGUAUCCAUUGAUGGGAAAAAUGUAG